UAUAAAUUCUACCUUUUUAAGACAGGAACGACGACUAAAGCCACCAGAACAGAACAUCAGUUGAGUUUGCGCCCGCCAUUUAGGAUUUUAGCUCAUUGCUCCCUCCCUCACCAAACGCUUCCCGCCGAUUAUACCAACCAACCGACGAUGGGGUAUAGCGAUUUUUUCGCUGGAGAAAUCGGAACGGAGCUUCUUAAACAGUUAAUCGCCAUCUCAAGCAAAGCCUGCCUCUGCAAAUCCAGUGCGGACAAUCUCAUCGCAAGCAUCCGAGAACUCCUUCCUAUCAUCGAAGAAAUCAAAUUCUCCGGCGUUGAACUCUCCCCCUUUCGUCAAUAUCAACUCAAUCGCUUCUCCGAGACCUUACGUGGCGGCAUCGAAUUGGCCCGCGAAGUCCUCACUGCCGGCCGAUGGAACGUGUACAGACACGUCCAACUGGCAAGGAAGAUGGAGAAGUUAGAGAAACAAGUCGAGAGUUUCAUUAACGGGCCGAUGCAGGCGCACUUGUUAGCUGACGUGCACCACAUGCGGUUCGAAACGAUGGAGCGGUUCGACCGGUUGGAAAGUCGCUUGGAGCAGCGGCUUAAUUGGAUGAAGAAUGGGGCGGGAGGGUGGGUUGAAGAAGCGGUUAAGAGAAUGGAAGUUGAAGGGGAGGCUAGCUUGGGAACUUUGGGUGGAGUUGGUUUGGAUUUGGGAAAAAGUAAGGUGAAAAAUAUGAUACUUGGAAUGGAUGAUUUAAACGUUGUUGGAAUUUGGGGCAUUGGAGGAUCAGGGAAAACUACUUUGGCUAAUGAAAUUUGUAGAGAUAAUCAAGUUCGAAGUUACUUCAACAACAGAAUUUGCUUUCUAACUGUAUCACAAUCACCGGAUCUGGAACAAUUGAGGGCAAAAAUAUGGGGAUUCAUUACAGCCAACGAGGCGAUGGGUUAUCUUAAUAACCUGUUUGUUCCACAAGGGAAGUUACUGUCUGAGUGGGGAAGUGGACCGCGAGCUCUGGUUGUUUUGGAUGAUGUCUGGUCGUCGUCCGUACUUGAACAACUAAUUUUCAGGAUACCAACAUAUAAAACUCUGGUAGUUUCGAGAUUUAAGUUCCCAACAAGUGUUGUUAAUGAAGUUUAUGAAGUUGAGUUGUUGAGGGAAGAUGAAUCAAUGUCCCUGUUUUGUCACUCUGCUUUCGGGCAAAAAUCGAUUCCUCCUACUGCCAAUGAGACUUUGGUCAAGCAGAUUGUUGAUGAAUGUAAAGGACUUCCUUUGGCACUUAAAGUGAUUGGAGCUUCGUUGCGAGACAAACCUGAAAUGUAUUGGGCUAGUGCAAAGAAAAGGUUAUUACGAGGAGAACCGAUCUGCGAGUCUCACGAAAACAAAUUAGUGGAGCGGAUGGCAAUCAGCGUGGAGUACUUGAACGAAACGGUUAAGGAAUGUUUCUUGGAUUUGGGAUCAUUUCCAGAAGAUAUGAAAAUUCCCCUAGAUGUUCUCAUAAAUAUGUGGGUUGAGAUCCAUGAUAUUGAAGAGGAAGAAGCUUUUGCCAUUCUUACCGAGCUUUCUGAUAAGAACCUAGUCACUCUGGUAAAAGAUGCUCGGGCUGGAGAUGCUUACUGUAGUAACUAUGAAAUCUGUGUUACUCAGCAUGAUGUGUUGAGAGACCUUGCUCUUCAUCUAAGCAAUCGUGGGGAAGUGAAUGAAAGGAAGCGGAUACUUAUGCCUAGAAGAGAUAGAGAACUUCCAAGAGAUUGGGAAAGAAAUUCAGAUCAGCCAUUCAAGGCUCGGAUUGUUUCAGUUCAUACAGGAGAAAUGAGGGAAAUGGACUGGUUCCGCAUGGAGUUCCCUAAGGCUGAAGUACUCAUACUGAAUUUUUCCUCCUAUGAAUACUUCUUGCCUCCUUUCAUAGAUGAUAUGCCCAGGCUUAGGGCACUUAUUGUAAUAAACCAUGGUACGACUGAGGCAACGCUUCAGAAUUUUUCAGUUUUUACUAAUCUGGCAAAUUUGCGGAGCCUGUGGCUUGAAAAAGUGUCUGUUCCUCAAUUAUCCAACGCCACUGUUCCCUUGAGGAACUUGCGGAAAAUAUCUAUGGUUCUCUGCAAGGUUAAUAACAGCUUUGAUCCAUCAGUGCUAGACCUGCCACAUAUCUUUCCUCGUCUAUCAGAGGUCAUAAUUGAUCAUUGUGAUGAUUUGAUUAAGCUGCCCUUAAGCAUUUGUAAGGUGAAUUCACUCCAAAGUCUGAGCAUAACCAACUGCCACCGAUUAUGUGAAUUGCCUACUGAUUUGGGUAUGAUGAAGAAACUACAGAUACUUAGGCUGUAUGCUUGUCCAGAACUUAAGAUGCUCCCUCCUAGCAUUGGCGAGCUAACGGGGUUAAAAUGCCUUGAUAUUUCACAAUGCGUUAACUUGAGGUAUCUACCUAGGGAAAUAUGUAAAUUAGCAAGCCUGGAAAAGAUAGACAUGAGUGAGUGUUUGCAGAUCGUGAAUCUACCAACAUCAUCUGCUUUGUCGAACUUGAAGUCACUACGCCGAGUUAUCUGUGAUGAUGAAAUUUCUGGGCACUGGAGAAAUGUGGAGAAGGACAUGCCACACCUUCAUGUUCAAGUUGCAGAAAAAUGUUAUAGUUUGGACUGGCUUAAUAGCUGAAAUAGUUCCUGUAUCUGUCUGUUAAUGUUAACAUCAAUGUUCAUAAUUUUAACAAUUGUAAUAUUUGUUAGAUUAAUAGAAGCCUUGGUGCUGCUGGAUUAAAUUCUUACAUUACUGCUUCUAAUGGCUCUAUCUUGAUGUGAGAUAGUUCAUGACUCAUGAAACUUUGCCCUGAACUUUGGGUCCUGGCUCUGAACAUUGUUGCGCACCAAUUUUUCUCUUCAGGACAAUCAGUUACUGAUAUUAGAGUACCUUGUUUUAAUAAAAAGAGCAAUUUUCUUUUUCUUUCCAAGAAAGUAACUUUUUUUAUCAGCCAAGUCAAGAAGAGGCCCAGCAAAAGAAAAAAAAAGUAUAAAAGUUACACCAUGGAUAAGGACAGUGCAUCAUCUGGGAUGGUCAUGGGCGGCUUGGUAGCAUUAGUGGACAGCUUAUGGAAGCAACUUUUUGUGCAUAUGGUUCCAAAAGUUAGGACUGCAAAAUUUUGCAUCAAUUCGAUGAAUGGAGAUUGGAGACUUAUUCUGACCAUAACUUUUGUUUGGAUACAAAUUCAAUUCCAAACUUUAAUCUUCUCCUGAAUUCUGUUUAGUAAAAUCUUCACAAAAUCUUCUCCUGAAUUUAGAGUUUAAUUCAAAUUAUUCACCCAUUUUUUUUUUUAAAUUUUAAAACUAAAAUUUAAUCUCCAAACACUUGCAAUUUCAUUUUCCCAAUCUCCUAUGCUUCGUUCUCAUGUACCAAAAGAAAAUCUUCACAAUGCAUUUAUCUCAUUCAAUUUAAGUUGGGAUCAAUCGUUUUCUUUCGUUUAUUUUCCCUUCUUAAGACUUUUUGGUCGGUUUGCUUUCUUCAGAGUCCAAAUGACUAAGAGAGCAAGGACUCAUUUUUUAAGGGAAGAAAACAAGUGAAGGGAUAGAAACGCGUGGAUCCCACAAUGAGAUUCCCUUAAUAUAAAAUCAACCUCAAAUUGAGGUCUCAGCCAUCGGCUUUCUGUUGUCCUCUUGGAUUUCUUGUUGCCAUUCUAUUCGCUAGUCAAUGCAGCAUAAAAAGCCGUUCACAUUGCUUAAUACCAACUUUUUUAUACUGCUUUAAAUCAACUUUAAUACUUCAAAAAUCCAUGGUUGAUUAUAUCUAAACCAAACCCAUGCCAUGUUCUUUCAGUUGUAGUCAUUAGUGAUGAAACAGGAGUUAGGUUUAGCGUGAUAGAAUAGUAUAAAAGUUAUAACCAGUAAUUUUUUUUACCAUUUUGGCCUAACUAAUCAAAUUGACUUGCAUAUCUGAUAAUGACCCCCACUUUUAUUAUACUGAGGCGGCUCUAGAGGUUCCAUGGAUGACAAUUGGUGUUGCUUUCACCACCACUCCACGUUUGGAAAAGAUCAAAACUUUAUGACAAAGAAACAUUAUCGAAUUUUUUAUUAACUCUGUGAGGUUGGCGUCGAUAACCAAUCAACAAAGUCAGUUAAAAUCAAAGUGUAAGCAACUCUUAAGUUACUGGGAUUCAUUAGUUGUUCAAAACAGUGAUGAUCAAAUCAAAUCGAGUUUUCAAAUAACUUGUUUAUUUUGUUCAAGCUAAGGUGCAAUUACGCGCCAAGAUUCAUAAUCAAGGCUUUAUUUUUCAGUCCACUGCAGAUCUUGCACGGUUAUUAUACCCUGGAAGUGUGAACAAGUCCACUGCCUAAUGAGAUAUUGGAAUAUGAACACAAAGUCUUUUUUCAGGCUCCUCAAGAAGACUAUAUCAUUUCCAAAAUAAACAAGGAA